AAUAAAAUAUUUGUGACUGGAGUUGUAUUGCUCUGCUGACGUUUGUGUCCAUACAGUCAAAAAUUCCAUUGAAGGGAAUCCCCACAGCGUUGGACUCUUGAGUGGGGGGGCCUUGUGCUGAAGCAUGGCACCAAGAAGAUCUUGGCAUGUCAGGCUCCUCCCUGCUCACUGCAGCCAAUCAACAAAUGAGAAGACUGAAGAGUCAGACACUACGGGAGAGUCCUUGCAGUCAGGCAACUAUUCUGGCUAAAGAGAUGAGCCUGGUGGAGGACAACGGCCCGGCAACGGGCUGUUGCAAUGGCAAACUCAGGCAGUGGCUGAUCGAUCAGAUCAACAGCAGGCAAUACCCUGGCCUGGUUUGGGAAAACCAUGAGAAAACCAUCUUCAGGAUUCCUUGGAAGCAUGCGGGCAAGCAGGACUACAACAGAGAGGAGGAUGCUGCGCUCUUCAAGGCGUGGGCUUUGUUCAAGGGGAAAUAUAAAGAAGGCGUGGACAAGCCAGAUCACACCACGUGGAAAACCAGACUUCGCUGCGCCCUCAACAAGAGCAACGACUUUGAUGAGCUGACGCACCGAACCCAGCUGGACAUCUCCGACCCUUACAAAGUCUACAGGAUCAUUCCAGAAGCGGCAAAGAGAGGUACAGUAACAAUACCCAAGAUGAGCGUCAGUAUGGAGGAUGCAUCGCAAUCUUUUGGUUUGAUCUCCUCAUACUCAACAGCAAACAGCCAGAUGCAAACACACGUGCUUCCACAGGAGAUAAGAGACUGGAGGGAUUACAAACCUGCAGAACAAUACCCCGUUGUUGCUGCUGCACAUCACUGUGGAUCGCAUGGAGAGCUGCCGUAUGCUCAGUGUCACUUCCCUUUACCGAUGAGCCGAGCUUGGCCUGAGCCGCCCUCAGAAAACGGCUUUCCGUUCUCCUUGCGCCCCUACUUGUCAGAGCCCCAACAACCUUUGGCCAUGACGGACUACAGCAGUAUCAUAGCAGAUUGUAGCCUGCAUGUGUCCCUAUUCUACAGAGAAUCUUUGGUGAAGCAGGCGACCACCAGCAGCCCAGAAGGUUGCCACAUCACCCCUCCGUCCUCCUCCUCGCCACCGCCAUCUUCAUCCUCCUGCUUGCCAGAUUUUCACAGCGGGGCGGAUAUUGUUCUCUUUCCGUUGCCGUUCCCCGAGUCUCAAAGGCGGGGUGCAGAGAGGCUUGCUGAUAUCCUGGAGCGGGGAGUGCUGCUGUGGAUGACGCGUGACGGCCUGUACGCCCGGCGCCUUUGCCAAGGACGCGUCUACUGGGAGGGGCCCCUCGCUCCCAAUGUGGAUAAACCCAAUAAGCUGGAGAAAGAGCUGCCAUGUAAAUUGUUUGACACCCAGCAAUUUCUGAUUGAGCUUCAAGAUUUUGCCCGUAAUGGACGACGUGUACCGCCACACCAAGUGGUUCUCUGUUUUGGAGACGAGUACCCCAACCCACAGCGUCCAAGAAAGAUGAUCACAGCUCAGGUGGAGCCAGUUUUUGCCAGAAAAUUGGCCAACUAUUACCAGAAGAGCAAUGACGACUACUGGCAGACUUAUCAACACAACCAGGAACAGAACACAAGUCCAAAUCCCCUCCCCCUCCCAUAGACCCUCGCACAUCAAGGAGUGACACAUACAAGUGCAGCAUUUUUUCACAACUUGAAAUGAUAGAAUGCAGAGAAUCACCUACCGAAACCCCCCUGCCCCCCCCACACCCCCAGCACCCCUUGCACAUAGCCGAGUCUUUUUAUGUGUUACUUAUAUGAGUGUUUGUGACUGUGUGUGAAGGAUGCGGUUUCCGAGCGAGGCUAUGAGGUUGGGGCACUCGAACAGGAAAUGCUACCGCAGGUGCACAGGAUGUACAACCCCUCACAAAAAAACACAGGGAUAACGCAAUUGUUUGAAGAAAUAUGUACAAGUCCUCUCAUAGCAUUGGAACGACAAGGUCAAAUUCCCGAGUGUUUGUACUGAUGACAUUUUGGGUUAGCGAGUGAAAGAUGAAUGUGAGAC